AGGGUCACAAACACAACCUUCUCCUGUACUAGGGUGAGGGGAAAUCUGCUGUCUACACACAUGCGAACAGUUUCUGAUAUAUACAUCAUCCCAGCUAGUACAUAAAAUACACACUAUCCUAUCUAGUAUAUACUUGCAAGCCUGACAGUACACAUGCAUGUGUAUACACAUACACACACGCACAUUCAUAGACAUAACCUAAAUGACUCUGGUUGUGUUUUACAAUGAGGUAUAAUGUAACAGGAGGGAGCCCUUGGGCAGGUCCAUGAUGAGGAGUCCCACAUUGUGUGAACAGUCACACAGUGCCACAGGCCUACUCUAAAGAAAGUUUUUUGGGAAGGGGCAUGCAGCAGGGAAGAGGUAGAGGCAGAGAAAGUGUGGGGGGGCAGAAAGGAAGAGGGAGGGUAGAGAUCAGAGUCAGGAACAUGUUGGGGGGGAUAGAGAGAGAGAGAGACAGACAGACAGACAGACAGAGAGAGAGAAUGAAGAAGGGGAGGGAGAGCUGGGCUGUCAGCAAUCCUCAUAUAGGCCUGUCUCUCACAUGAUGGUAGAUGAUGAAGGUAGGCUCUUGCUAGGUCCCUGUCACUGGGUUCCUGAGAGGAGCCCACUGGAACUGUCUGGAAGCCACUAACUUUCAAAACUGAUUUGUUUGUGUCCUGCUAAGAAGUGACCCUAGGACUUAACACAGUGCUAGGCAGAUGCUCCCCCACGGAGCUGCAGUCCCAGCCUGAUUGUUUUUGAGACAGGGAUAGGAUGUCAUAUCCAAUCCAGUCUGGAUCGGAAUUCACUGUAUAGCCCAGGCCAGCCUUGAACACACAGCAAUCUUCCAGCCUCAGCCUCCUGACUGCUGCAAUUCCAGGUGUGUGACGGUGUGCCCUGAGGAAAACUGAAUUUCAAAGUUAAAAAAAUUUAAAUGGCAAACAAUCUGUUAGAAAUAUUACAGUAUUAUUAUUUAUGAUUUAUUAUUGAGAAAGCCUUUUGUUUUGAGAUAGACUAUGUACCCUAUUCUAGCUUUGAACUCAGAACCUUCUGGCCUCGGUCUCCAAAGUCCUAUGAUUACUGGCAUAUGCCACCACGUCCAAAUACCAACUAAUCCGCCUAGCGUUAACCCAGUGCCCACCCGGGCCUGCGCUCUGGCCAUACAGAAGCAGGGACAUUCAUCUUCCUAAUCUGUAUAAACCCUGCACAAAGGAUCAGAGCCAAUCGGUGUUCUGAGUCCCAAUACACAGUCCAAGAGCUGAGUGCAGCCUCGCAGACCCACUUGGGUUUGAGUUGCUCUCCAGUGGUCAGUACAUCAAUUCCCAGUUAUGUUCAGAACCAAGCAACUUUCCCCAACUCAGGAAGACAAAUAAGGAGUGGAAAGGAAGAGCAGGAAAUGCAGCUCUUUAUGCCCUCGUGUACGAUGCCCUGGCUGUACAAGGCUUCUGUGUUGUCCUUGGCUAGUGAUGGGGACGAGGUUGGCCUCAGGAAGGACUGGGUGCCAGCGGAUCCAGCUUUCAUGAAGGUACCCAACCACUGUCAAAAAACAUAGCUCUGAUUUGUGGUAGUUUCCUGGAAGAGCAGAAAGCGCUGCUGAUGGCUGUAAUUGGUCUCACUUAAAUGGGAAACAGGGAAAAGAAGCAUUUUCUUCUAGCUGAUCAAAACCAAUCUGGGAGACUUUGUGGAAUCAUGUCUGUAUCUAACGCUGAAAAGAGACCGGAACCUCUCUAGUCUGCUCAGAUCCUCCUCUCCCGGAGAGGGUUAGAUGUUCGCCCAAGUGCAGAACAAACCGGAAGUACGUUAUGUGCCUGCGCCGAGGGGCGUUACGCCUGCGCGCCGGAAGAGGGCGGCACCGGCUUGGGCAUGGCGGAGGUGGACCUGGAGUCGGAUCAGAUCCGACUGAAGUGUAUCCGUAAGGAAGGUUUCUUCACCGUGCCUCCAGAACACAGGGUGCGACGGGGUGCCACUCGUGCGGUGCUGUGUGGCAGGGGCUCGCCGUGUCGCGUUAAAGUUUGAGGUUCCGGCGUCGGAGGAACAUCAGUCGCAGAGUUUGCCGUGGCGUGUGCAGAAAUCCGCAGCCCAGAGGCCGGGUGCGGGGUGGGACCGAGGGAGUGCGACCUCGGGUGAAAAGAGUGGGAGGUUCCGGGGUUGGGGAUUUAGCUCAGUGGUAGAGCGCUUGCCUAGCAAGCGCAAGACCCUGGGUUCGGUCCCCAGCACCGAAAAAAAAAAAAAAAAGAAAAGAAAAAAGAGUGGGAGGUUCCCGUGGCACCUGCAGCCGGGAUGGGGGCGUCUCACCUCGCGUUCUCGGAUUGUCCCUUUUGUGUAAUGCGGGGGGUGAACCUUAGGGGCGCCGAUUUCUGCUCACAGUUGAUGGGACGAGGAUUUUGCAGCAGCCCACAUAUGUUUUAACUUAUAGUUUAUGCCUUUCGAGGUCAUAACUACGAGCCUCAGAGCACCAGGCACACCUAACUAAGAGCCUCAGAGCACUGUGCUGAAAUCUGAGGUAGCGAAACCCCUUCUUAAAGGGGGAGAAAAUGCACGAGUGCAGUGGUUGUUGAUCCCUUAAGUCAAAAAUGUCAGUCCUGCGUGGUGGUCCACACUUGUAAUCCCAGUCAAGGGGUUGAGGAUGAUCACUCCAAGUCGGAGGGGAGCCUAGGCCACAAAGUGAGACCUGGACUCAAAAAUAAGCAAAAAUAAAAAGGAGUGGAGAUUUUGGAGAAAAGCAGUAUAUUCUGUAAGAAACUGUAGAAGAGUUGACAUUUGUUUUGGGCCAGGAAGUGUUGCCAGAAUUUGGGCAGAUCUGACAAGGGAUGCUAUGCCAUACUCAGGUGGCAACACAAACUCAUGAUGAAGGGAAUUUCAGAGUAAACAGGGAGCCUAUGAGGAGAGGGAGGGAGUGAGCUAAGAGUGGACCACGGGGGCCAUCAGACAUCAGAAAGUAAUAAAACCCAGGGCAGAGCUCUUAAGAGACGGGAAGCCAGCAGGGGACUUUUGUAACCUUGCUGAGGUCCUUCUGUAUCCAAGAAAUGCUCAGUUAAUCUACCUAUAAAGGCAUCGCACCAUGAACACAUAAGUUACAGACUCCCCAAUAAGACCCCAGAAUACUAUGGCCCGGGCAAGCUAUUUCUCUGACCCCUAACAUUCUAGAGGCAGCUGUUUCCCAUAAGUGGGCUAACUUUUGUUUCGUUGCCUCCCCUGACCCUGCUCCCCACCCCAGCCUGCAAAAGGAAGUGGAUCAGCUAGCUCUCCUCAGUCUGGAAGCCCUUCCCACAUCUCACAGAUCGUUACCCCUGGAUAGCUUUCCUUACUCCCUCGGAAGAUGCCGAAGCGUUAAGGAGUUCGAGAAGCUGAACCGGAUUGGCGAGGGCACCUAUGGCAUUGUGUAUCGAGCCCGGGAUACGCAGACGGAUGAAAUUGUUGCCCUGAAGAAGGUGCGGAUGGACAAAGAGAAAGAUGGCAUCCCCAUCAGCAGCCUGCGUGAAAUCACACUGCUCCUGCGUCUCCGCCAUCCCAACAUUGUGGAGCUGAAGGAGGUGGUUGUUGGCAACCACCUGGAGAGCAUCUUCCUGGUCAUGGGUUACUGUGAACAAGAUCUGGCCAGCCUAUUGGAAAAUAUGCCAACGCCCUUCUCGGAGGCCCAGUUCUGUCUUAGUUGUGCAGGACAUAGCCACAGCCACACUCUGGAGGUGCUGGUGACCUCCAGGCAGCGUGUCGACGCUCUCCACCCUGUGUCUGGCCCUCCUCAGGUUAAGUGCAUCCUGCUGCAAGUGCUUCGAGGCCUUCAGUACCUGCACCGGAGCUUCAUCAUCCACAGGGACCUGAAGGUGUCCAACUUGCUCAUGACAGAUAAGGGCUGUGUGAAGACAGCCGAUUUCGGCCUGGCUCGGGCCUAUGGUGUUCCAGUAAAGCCAAUGACUCCCAAGGUUGUUACCCUCUGGUACCGAGCCCCAGAGCUGCUGCUUGGAACUACUACCCAGACUACCAGCAUCGACAUGUGGGCUGUUGGCUGCAUCCUGGCAGAGCUGCUGGCCCAUAAGCCCCUUCUCCCUGGCACUUCCGAGAUCCACCAGAUCGACUUGAUCGUACAGCUGUUGGGGACACCGAGUGAGAAUAUCUGGCCUGGUUUCUCCAAGCUGCCCCUGGCCGGCCAGUACAGCCUGAGGAAACAGCCCUACAACAACCUCAAGCACAAGUUCCCAUGGCUCUCAGAGGCCGGACUGCGCCUGCUCAACUUCCUCUUCAUGUAUGACCCUAAGAAAAGGGCAACAGCAGGAGACUGCCUGGAGAGUUCCUACUUCAAGGAGAAGCCCCUACCCUGCGAGCCGGAGCUCAUGCCUACCUUCCCCCACCACCGUAACAAGCGUGCUGCCCCAGCUGCCACUGAGGGGCAGAGCAAACGAUGCCGGCCCUGAAUGAGUCCAGCCCACCCUUCCAAAUCCUCAUGGAUCAUCAGCCAACGACUGGGGGGGGGGGGGGGGGGCUCCAGGCCAACAGGCCUUUGCCUCUUCCAAUUGGCCAGCCUCUUCAGCUGACUCCUCCCUGACAUGGACAGGGAGGUUGCUGAGUGGGGUACCCAGGAUAGAACUAUUGUAGCACCAUCUGGUGGCCUAUCUUGUCUAUCAGUGAAGCCUGGCUUCUUGGGGGACAGAGCUGGUGCUGAGAGGCCUAAGGGCCCCAGUCAGUAUAUGUUGGAACUGAAGCUGGGCACCAGCCUGGAAUGAACAGGCCCAGGAGAUCAUAACUGUUCUUGCUUGGCGACUAGGAGCCGCCCAGGACAGAUAAGCUAUAGUCACCCUGGCAGGGUUGAUGGGGCUUCAGGUGGGAAGGAGGGAGCAGGUGUCAGUUGGGAUAGAAUACUUUGACAACUGUCAGAAUGAAAGCUUUCAGUGGGUGUGGCUGGCACUGGUGCCCAGGGAGAGAAUGGGUGGAUUGCUUUUCCGGGGGAGGAGAGAUAAAAAGCUUUUCCAGUA